UUCUUAACCACUGCGCCACCAGGGAAGUCCAAAAAGGCUAUUCUUUAUUGAGUGCAUGGAACACUACAAUAAGCAAUUAUACAUGCAUUAUUUCAUUAAUCAUCCUAAUCACCCUGCAAGUGAGGAAACUGAGAAUAGUUCCUUUUGAAAAUAGAGCUUGAAGACAAACAUGUGACUGUAACCCUUGCACCCCAAGAUAUAACCCUAAGAAGCUUUAAUCAGGAAAUCUUCCAUUUUGGCUUGAUGCCUUUGUACCUAAACUGAGUUUGCCUUGAGUCAUCCAGAGUUAUGAGAGUGACCAGGGUUACAGUUUAAUAAAAUGACCAGUCGAUGUCUUAUAAUGGAAAAUGUAUGGGCCAAAGGAGUCAACAAUCUCAGGGGUGCUGGUUCCAUACUGAGUUAUGUGACCUAUAGGAGUCAUUUCCUUCUUUGAUGAAUUCACUUCCUUUUGGUCCCCUCUAAAAUGAAAGGCACUUCCAGCCAUAGGCAAGCGUGAAUCUCGUUAGGAAUAUAGAUUUUCAGAGAGUCUGGAUCUACUUCAGCAAAGGCAGACAGACCUCUGAAACUAGCCAGGGACUUUUCAAGGUAGAAGGAGAAGCUGAGCAUCUGUCCUCAAACUCAGUUCUAAAACUUGGGUGUUGGAUUCAUAGCAUCAGUGGGAUUUCCCUGUUUUUUUGCCCACACUCAUUAAUGGUGUGAGAGCCUGACAUGUUAGAUCUGCUCAGUAAAUGUAUUUUUAUUAAAUGCUUAUGAAAGCUCUUUUAUUCUUUAACACUGUGGAGGGUUUUCCCAUCAAAUAUCACCAGAUAUAUUUAGUGACAGUACUUCUGUAUGAUCUUCUCCUUCAGCUUCAGUAGUCAAUAUCAUUAUCCUCAUAUCACAUUCAGCCUUGCUUCAGGUUCUAUGCAUUGACCCAGAUGUUUCUUUACGUGAGACAAAUUACUAGAACCUUAAAAAAUCUUUCCCUUUCUAACAUCAGUGCCUAUGUGUCAUUUAAAUCUAUUACUGGGGAUUUUCAAGGAAAGAGUCUUAAUUGAGAUUUGUCAGAUUUUGUACUGCUAUUAAAGCUAAUCAGUUUUCUUCUCUUGAAUUUGCUUUUCUAGUAAAGCAUUAAGAAACACUUCAAAUCUAUCAAAAUGGCUUAUGUUAAUAUAAUAAUCCAGAGUUUACAAAGUGCUUUUUACAGCUUUAUCUCAUUUAAUCCUCACAACAAUUCCAGGGGUAGGUGUAAUCCCCAUUUAUAGAUGUAGAAACUGAGAAAUGAAAAGGCUAAGUGACUUGAUCAGGGUCUAAUGACUGAUAAGACGCAGAGCUAAGACUCAAGCCUUGGUCCUCCAAUUCCAAAUCCUGUGUCUUUCCCACUAUACCAUAUUGCCUAUAACUUCUCUUCUUUUGUUUUAAAGGCAUCAUGUUUUAUGAUCACCUAAAAUUGGUUGAGAGUCUAACCCUUCAUCUGCAAGAUCUCAUCAACUUAAUGAUAGUCCCUGGGACAGUGUCACCAUGACUGCAGUACUCAUCUUUGAACCACUACUACUAUGUGGUUGUUUGGGAUUGUGCUGUCUAAUCUUUAUUUUCAAAUAGGGUAAUUAGUGUGUGGUGUUUGUUUCUGAAGCAGGCAGCCAGCAAUUAACAGGAACAGGCCCCAGCUAGAAGAGGGUUGUGUUUACUUCUUUCAGCCAUCCAGCUGUGGCACAGCACAUGAAGUUUCCUCUCUGUAUCGUCAUUUCCAGCAAAUGUUCUUCAUUUCCUUUGCUCUGAUGCCCCCAGUCCUCAGUCUGUGGGGAAAGGUGACUGCAUUUUUGAAGAAUGCUCUGAAUAAUUAGGGGCUCAAUUUUUGUGACAGCACCCUAAGUUUUACCACGUGGACUCCCCGCUUACUUAGUAAAGUCAUCUAGGACCAAAAACACCAUCAAAUCUGGCGUAGGUUCCUGCCAUGCCUAGGACAUGGGGAAUCUGCAAGUUUUUCUCAGGAUAUGAACGGUAUUUCCUCUCUGGUAACUUUGCAGUUGGCACCAACUAUUUCUUUUCACUUUUGACUGUAGUUCUAGUCUAAAUAGUCUCGGGCUCUGGUUCCAGCCUCCUGUGAUUCUAAUCCCAAGCAGCCAAGAUCAGACACUGGGAUAUCUCUUUACUGGCAGCCCCAGACUUAAGCUUUGGAAAUUGUGGGAAAUUUCAUUCUUUGGGCACAUAGAUCUUCUGAUUCUACCAUACUAGAGUUCUCCCUGCUGAGUAGACGUGGAAUCGGUAAUAUGAAGGAAAGAAUAAUGAAAAUAGUCCUUUUUGUGUGUAUAAUAUUUUAGUACUUACAAAAUGAUUUUAUAUUCAUUAUCUCAUUUUUUUCUUCCUAAUAACCCCAGGAAAAGUGAUUAAGACCAUCAAGUCUGGAUUUACACUGCCUCAGUUUGAAUCCCAAUUCCAACAUUCAUAGCCAUGGGAAACUUACUUCAUCUCUCAGUGCCUCAAUUUCCUAAUCUAUCAAAUUUAGACUACUUAUUUCAGAGGCUUUUUGUGAGGAUUAAGUGAGAUAUAUUUAUAAGGCACUUAGAAUAGGGUAUUACAAAAAGUUGUUGUUGUUGUUAGUUGUUGUAUAAAUAAGUUGUUAUUAUUGUAUAAAUAUCAACAAGAAAACCAAGGCCCAGAGAAACUAGGUAGGGACAAUGGAGCUGAGAUUAAAACACAAAUUAUUCUUACUUUGUGCCUGUUCUAUCUACACCAUCUCAGCUGCCUCUGAAAUCAAUACCUUGCAUUGUAUAUAGGUAGAUUUGAUCCUAGAAACUCUGGACAUUUUACUCUCAUUGUUUAUUAUUUAAACUUCCAUAUGAAGAGACAGAAAGUACAGGGUUUAUUAUCUCUACAAAUAAAAAGAGGCAUAGAAAAGUCCUAGUGACUUAGAAAAUCACAGUGUGCUUGAUUCUUACUUCUGAGUGCGUAUCAAAUGCUCUCUUGGAGUCGAAGAGACAUGCUGUACUUCUUUUUCCAUUUCUUCCUCUCCUGAGUUUCCAGCAGAGAGGACCUUAAGUGAGCAGAGAUUCUGGAAUAGGAAAAAUAAAACUAGUAAGUGCUAGGAGAAGAGUGGGCACUCUUAUGGCACAAGGCACUCUCAUAAGUGGUGAGGGAGAAGAGUAGUUGAGAGGUGGGGAAGAUAAGGCAUUCCUUGGCAACACUGGAAAACAUUAGUAUACAUCCUUAUUUACUGCAUUGGCUGUAGCAGGGAGGUGUGCUAAUUCCUAAACUUCAUCUAAAAUUAAUAGCAGAGGUGUUCCCAAUUGGGCUUCCUAUUGGUGCAUCCUUUGUUUCAUUAUUUGAUUUGAGCCCUCUUCACCUUGACAUAGGUUCCAGGGAAAGUGGGGGCAAGGGACAAGAACAGAUUCAAGAGAUAUUUGGGAGAUAGAUUUAAUCCUAACAAAAAGCCUGUUAGUCAUCAGAUGUUAGUAUCAUUAGUCUCAUGGAAGAGAAGUAAUUUGCACAAGGUCAUAAGGUAAACAGCAAAACAUCAACUCAGGUCUUUUGACUUCAAGUAUAGAGAUUGUCCCAGAAUAUCAUGUAUCCUCCCCAUGCAGGUGGGGAAAUGGUCCAGGUAAUUAAUAUCAGAACUGAGCCUGGGACAUAGGCAGUGACACUGAGAAUUGGACCUUAUACUGAUGAAGAGAUGCUACAGAUUAGGCAGGCUCUCUUUCCUUCCUUACAUAAGGAACCAUAUUUAGCUUUUUAAUAAUUCUCUAAUAUUUCUAUUUUCUUUAGGUUAUUGUUUGGAAGCAAUGAGUUUAAAACCUUUCACCUACCCAUUUCCGGAGACGAGGUUUCUUCAUGCAGGACCCAAUGUGUAUAAAUUCAAAAUUAGAUAUGGCAACAACAUCAGAGGGGAAGAGGUAGAAAACAAGGAAGUCAUCGUCCAGGAGCUAGAGGAUUCUAUUCGUGUGGUCUUGGGAAACCUGGAUAAUCUGCAGCCGUUUGCUACAGAGCACUUCAUUGUAUUUCCCUAUAAAAGCAAAUGGGAGAGAGUGUCCCACCUGAAAUUCAAACACAGAGAGAUUGUCUUGGUCCCGUAUCCAUUUGUUUUCACUCUGUACGUGGAGAUGAAAUGGUUUCAUGAAAACCUGUCAACUGGAAAACCAAUAAACAGCAGUCCUCUUGGGUUGGUCCUGGCAGAGAGGAAAGCAGCAGAAGCCACAAUGAGGAAACGAAAACACGCAGAAGUGCCCAGCUCCCCAACCAGGCCAGGGCUGGACAGGCCCAAGAAGGGGACUUCCAGGCAAGGGCUCAGCAAAAGGAAGGCCCCUAUGGAAACCAUGAGGAACAGAGAAAGAAAAACCCAGCAGGAACGGCAGGAGACCCCAGCAUUUGAUAUCACUGAUGUUCAGGACCAGGAUUCUAAGCGGGGGGACAGCCGAGCAGGGAAGAUUAUCCCACCACUGCAGCAAAACGAUCCACCUCCUCCUGAAGGACGCACGGAGCUGGGAACCAGUGGCUUCUUUGGGUUUCUAAGCUCUCUCUUUCCGUUUCGGCAUUUCUUCAGAAGGAGCAGCCAGUGAGCCUCCUAAAUGCAGCGGUGGGAAGAGCGUUAUCUCUUGCAGCGACUCCUCCCACUCCAAUCUCUGCUUAUGACUUUCCAGUCAUGGGGAAUGAGAGCCCCAAACUCCCUGAGUCCUCUUGUGGGUUUGUCCUUUACAAUGGAAUGUCCAUUUGCCUCUUUACAAUGGAAUGUCCUUCCCCAGUUUAAAACACUAAGAAUGUAACUUUCUAAAAUGCUCUAGUCUGAGAAUUUUACUGCCCUAUGAGCCAGUUAGGUCUUUCAUCUGCAGCACUUAGAUUUCUA